UGAAUGUAUGGUUACGGUAAAGACAGGGUUAGCGAGGUGAGGUAUAUAAGUAGGCGAAGCUCCACUUAAUAGUAUUUUUCUGUCCCCCCAAUCUUUAACACCCCUUCAAUUCAUCGCUUCAUUCCUAACCGCCUACCUGGCGAUGAGCACCUUCGGGACGGGAGGGGAUGUCGACUCCGCUUUCUUAGCGCCUGCUGAUUAUGCCGGAGUCACAGUAGGGAACCUGUUCCAACUCAAUAAUUCAGGAUUGGUUGGAAUAGGUUAUCCUGAUGGCAAUGACCAGACCAGAAACUGGAUCUCCGAAAGCACUGAGGAUGGCGGUCCUCUCCCCUUCUUCUUGUCCAAAAAUUCCACUUUGGCCGGAAUUGCUGAGGAUUAUUGUGAACUGGUCAACACUGAUCCCAAUGGUAGUCCUAUUCCUGGCCCGGUAUUGGCAGCCGAAGGCACAUCUGACAGUUGGUCCAUCUGUAAUCGCACUGACAAUAGUUUGCAAUUGGGCCUCGUAUUCAAACCUGCCAGCUUCAGCGAGGACUAUGGCUACGAUUUUUCCACCUGCCAGUUUGUUCACGUUUUCCUCCGAUCAUCAGCGAUUGGAAACCAGGCUUAAUGGACUCAGUACGAUGAAUCUGGAGUUUUUUUUGAAAAUAAUAUGGACUUCUCACCCACAUCCUGCUCUCUUUUGACAUCGGACUACUUCUGCUUAUUGUAUAGUACUGAGGUUGCAAUACUUAAUGU